AUAGGUACUCAAAACACAAGGGGCCUCAGAGAUAUUGUGAAACAGACCACAUGGUGGACAUACUGCCUAGGGGAAAAAUUAGAUAUAAUUCUAUUAACAGAAACAAAAACUACAAAAGACUCAGAAAAAUUCAUAUUCUAUGAACAAAACAAGACAGAUAACCCAAAAAAUUCGAUAUAUAAAAUAUGGUGGUCGUCAACCACAGAAGCUUACAAUAAUAAUAUUGGAUCAGGAAUCGGAAUUAUGGUGAAGGCACAUAUAGCUAAACAUGUAUACAAAAUCGACAAAUUGGAUGGGCACGGAAUCUGUAUUCUUUUAUCAUUUAGAGGAAGAAUAAUUUUUCAAAUAAUUGGAGUAUAUGCACCUAACAAAUACUCCUCGAACAAUGCUAUCCUAAGAAAAUUAAAACCAUGGCUUUACAACCACAUUUCACAAGCUCUCUCUAAUAAUUGGAUCUCAAUAAUUCUAGGAGACUGGAAUGCAACCCCAGACCCAAGUAUAGAUCGAUUUCCAACAAAAACUAAAACAUCACCAGAAAGCAAUUUACUUCAAUCGAUUAUAUGGAGUGGAUACACAGAUACUUAUAGAUAUAUUAAUGAGAAAAAGAAAGAAUUCACCUAUUAUCAAAUUUUUAAUGAUGAAAUAAGAAGUAAAAGUCGUAUAGAUUCUAUUUGGAUCCAUCAAUCAUACGAAGAACUCAUCACCGGUGCUGAUAUAGACAAUACAACUCUGAUAGCACAUAGCGAUCACUGUUGUGCCCGAGUGUCAUUAAAUGUUAGUAAAUUUUGCGAUGGAAAGAGUUACAAAAAAUAUAAAAAAAUGAAUUAUCGAACACCAAAAUUAUGGAAUCUCAAAAUGGCCGAUCAUGAAAAUUGGGAAAAAUUUGUACAACAAACAGAAGAUACAUGGAAAGAAUAUUUACAGGCAACACAAGAGCUAGAAUCAGUAGAAGACAUCUGGCUCAAACUUAAAUCUACCAUCAUAGAAACAGGAAACAAAACUUUACCCAAAGCCAAAGAACCAAAAAAUCGCACAAAUAUUAU